CUCUUUCCAAAGUCAACUCGUUCAUCAAAGUGAUGCGGUGUCAAAAGAGUGCCAGGUAGGACAUGGAAUUUGAACCUGCAGGCAUUGGUGGUAGUCCUCCAUGCUCACAGGGAUGUCGUGCCAAGAGAAGUCUCCUAGCACACAGCUAGUCACUGUGGACACCGAUUACAGUGCCGAUGCUGUGGAGUUCUGUCCCAUAGCUGGUCAGGAAGGCUUCCUGGCUAGCGGUACAUAUCAGCUGGCAGAGUCUGAGGGGAUAUCACCUAGCUCAGUUGACCAGGUGAAUCCUGAAGAUAAUGGUCAGGUCGACAAGCCAAGACAGCGGCUAGGCCAGAUACGGUUCUACCAUCUGAAUCAAGAUACGGAGGAAGCCUCGUUGGCAGAACUGCAGAGGAUUGAAAUGGCAGCAAUAUUGGAUAUGAAGUGGUGCCACAAUGUUAUUUCAGAGCAGCCACUGUUGGGUAUAGUUAACGCCAGUGGAGAGCUUCAACUGCUUUCUCUUAACUCAAAGGCUGGUGGCUUCACACUACAACCGACUGCCUGUCAUCGAGUCAGUCAGGAUAACAAUUGCUUGGCUUUAUCUCUGGACUGGAACACUGGCAAGUAUCACAGCCAGACUCCCUCCGUCAUUGUCAGUGAUUCUAAGGGGAGUCUGACGUUGUGUCGGCUCUGUGACGAUUCCUCAAGUGUUGAGAGCAUGCUUCGUUGGCCGGCCCAUGGGUUUGAGGCAUGGAUAGCAGCUUUUGACUACUGGCAACCAAACGUUGUGUACUCCGGUGGUGAUGACUGCCGGUUCAAGGGAUGGGACACAAGGACACCUUGCUCCAAACCUCUCUUCAUCAGCAAGAGUCACAGUAUGGGCGUAUGCAGCUUGCAUAGUAAUGCACACAGAGAGAAUCUCCUAGCCUCAGGAAGCUACGAUGAGUUGGUGUUGCUGUGGGAUACCAGACAGAUGCGCCAACCGCUGACUCAGACCAAUGUCGGCGGGGGAGUGUGGAGGCUGAAAUGGCACCCUCACCAUGGCCACUUGCUCCUGGCGGCUUGCAUGCACAACGGGUUCCACAUCCUGGACUGCGCAAACAUAAAUGGUGGAAAUUCCCAGCCUAUUGUAGCCUCUUACAUGGAACACCAGUCCCUGGCAUAUGGAGUAGAUUGGUGCCAACAUAUACAGCCCCACCCUCCUCACAAGAAGCUUGCCGAAUCAUCCCUCCCCGAUGACAUAGUGUCUUCUUGCAUUGAAACAAAACAAGUGCAUUCUUCCUCGGACGGGACUGUACCAUCAUUGCCUGAGGGAGACCUGGCAGGUGCAUUGGAGGGGACAAGCAGAAGCGCUGGUCAAAAAGAGGGGAACUGUACAUCUGGCACGAAGCAAGAACGUGGAGAGAGAACUCCGAAUGUGUCGGCAUUAACAGAACAGUUUCUUAGAGCAAAUGUAUCAAGGAAUGACUUACAGGCUUCACAAGGGGCACCGGAAGCUAUCGCUCAGGGCCCUGCAUGUAGUUGUAAAGUGAGUGGACGGACAUACAAAGCAUUUGACAGAAAUGCAGACCAGUUGUCAGUGAGGGAUACCAUUGCAUCAUGCUCUUUCUAUGACCACAGUCUCCAUGUGUGGAAAGUAGACUGGAUUGUGUGACGCCCCGUCAAGGACACUACAGUUGAGUGAUCACUCUUCCCGACACUCAGCCCAGUGGUGUAGUAAGAUCAUUUUGAUGGGGGAGGAGGGGGUGAUUUUGUCCUCUUUUUAGCCGGCACCGUUCAUAGUGGACAGUUUUUGGACAAUGGGUAAUGCUCCUCAUGGCCUCUCACUUUCCAAUAUUUGUGCAACAUGAACCCUAACAAUCCCAAACCAGCCAUACUCCAACACCAGGGUUUGUUGGAAUCUGUCAGGAUAAGUACUGCACUGGUAUACUGGCUGUGUUUCACGUGGGACGAGGCAUACCACAAAUAGAGUCCAACUGUUUAUGCACACAGUUUACUACAUGGUGUUGAGUUUUGCAAGGAUGUGGAAGAUUGCUUGUAAAUCACCCUAGGGACUCGGGGUUAAUGAAAGAGCACUUGUGAAGGAAUGGCACUUUCUAACACACCUUGCAUGGACUCUAAUUGUCACUCGUGAUGAUAAAUACAUUUUUAUUGAACUAAUUACUUUUAAUAUGUAACAACCAAGCACAAUAUUUAAACUCCAAGAAAAUGACAUCGUAAAAACUAGGAUAAGUAACAAAACAAUUUAGUAGUUUACCCACAAGUAAACAAAUUUCUACAUGUACAUGUACUUGCCAAGGAUGGAAAGUGAACGUGGGCCUUGCAUGCUUUUUCCUACUGCAAUGUAGGCUUCAUCUUUCCAAAUGCAUGUAAAGCUCAAAAAUGUUUCUGAAGAAUUGCGCCCUGUAUUGUACAACAAUAAAUUAAGUCACAUUUUUGACAAUGUGAUUUUUCUCUGGGCCUAUGAAGCAGUGGUAGGAAGCUAAAGCACUACGUGACAAAAUAUGGUGAAUUUCAAUUUAGAAAUAUUCAAAGGUCACACACACUGAUAGUACAAUUAUGGCAUACUAUCCCUUGGAAUGAACUAUUCAAAUUCCAAGAAAGGCCGAAAAUGCACAAUUCUUUACUUUAACGUCUCAUGGCAAAUGUAACAAGAUAUUUCAUAGUCUUGAUCACACCUCAGAAAUUAAGAGUCGUUGACUUGGCGAAAACAUCUUGUUCCGAGAGCAAGAGAAAGAAGAGGAAGUUGGAUUGAGACAUCAUUCUGAACACCUGGUACCAAGCCUUUGAAGUAGCACGUGUUACCUAUUUUCACGGCAAAAUGUAGAGCACAAUGUAAAUAUCCCACCAGCUAUAAUUCAAGUACUGUAUACACCAGUGUGCUGACUUGUAGAGAUUGUCUUGCCCAUGUUAAAUUUAAUUACUUCCACAACAUGGAAAUGACCAAUCUUGUCUCUCAAUUCAGAAGACAAACGCUGAGUACUGUGAGACUUUGGAAAGAAGUCUUGGAAGGUGUCCAGCCUAACUGCUUUGCAUUAGUUAGAUUUCAGAUUAGAAGUCUUUGGACAUUCCAUUGGAAGACAAAAAAAUAAGCAAUAAAAUUAGAAGACCCUUGUUAGCACCAACA